AUGAACAUAACACCAACCGCUGGGACGACAGCGUCAAGUGAGUUAUCCGAUAAUAGUAGUAAGAAUCGUCUCCUAAAGCAUGUUUGGCGAAAAAAAAUAAUACCCUGCUUCGCACACACGCUUAAUUUGGUUGUAACGCAAUCAAUAGAUAAGUCCACGGAAGUAUCAGCUUUGAUAACUAAGGUUCGCGACAUUGUUAAGUUUAUUAAAAGAAGUGUUAAUGCCAGUGAUCAAUUGCGGCAGAAACAAAUAGACAUCGGGGCUUCUACAAGUAAUACCAAGAAAAUGAUUCUUGACGUAAGAACGCGAUGGAAUUCAUGUUUUUAUAUGUUAGAGAGAUUUGUCCAGUUAGCCCCUAUUUUAAGUGAAGUACUGCUCACUCGCCCAGAAGCACCCUCUAUGGUUAAUGCCUCCGAGCUGAACAAAAUUAAGGAGCUGAUUGAAUUAUUAAAGUGUUUUGAAAUUGUGAACAGGGAGAUUUCGGCUGAUACCUACGUUACCAUUAGCAAGGUUAUACCUUUAGUAAGCUGUUUAACUGAAGCUCUGACAAAAAUUUCAGCUCAAGAUGCUAUUGUAGGGGAGCUAAAAAGUGAACUGCAAAAGAACAUGAAUAAGAGAUUUGACAAACUUGAAUUUAAUUCAGUUCUGGCGUUGGCUACUGUAUUGGAUCUGAGAUUCAAAUUACUGCAUUUUAAAGAUGCACUGGCUAACAAAAAAAAAACAGUUUUGUAUUUAAAUAGUUGCAUAAAGGAUGCAAAUAAUAGCGUUAGUACGUCGGAAUCUUCGGAUGAGUUUGCAACAGAAAACCCGUUUGAUAUUUGGAGCCAUCAUAAACAGUUGGCCCAUCAAAAUAUGAAAUGUAAGUUUUCCAAUUCAUCUGCUAUUACAACAACAGCUGUUGCUUCUAUCAAUCAGAAUCCAACAGAAAUGUGGGAUUAUAUGAAAAAUGUAUUCCCGGAAUUGUAUAAACAAGCUUCCAAAUAUUUAUCUAUUGUGGCCACUUCAGUACCUAGUGAACGACUGUUUUCUAAAGCUGGAGCAACGAUCACAAAGCAAAGAAAUCGCUUGACAGGAAAAAGACUUUCCAAAUUGUUAUUUUUAAAUUCUGUUUUAAAUAAAUAAUUUGUUGUUUGUUAAAAAACUAUUUAUAUAUUUUAUUUAUUGAGAAAAGGUUUUAAUAGGUAGCUCAAAUAUAUAUCAACUAAAGGCGUACUACUGUAUUUCACUUAUUUAUGGUUCUGAAAUAAGCCUUUUAUGCUCACUUAUAAAAUACGUUAAAAAAGUUCAAAAAUACAUCGAUGUUUCGAUGUAUCGAUGUUUUAAUGGCCGAUGUUUUUGAUUUCGAUGGGUUUUGGAGAAACAUCGAUACAUCGAACCAUCGAUGUUUAAUUUCACGAUGUUUGCAUCCCUACCCAGGGGAUACUUGGUCUAGAACCGGAAGUCGUGAGCUGCUUGAGUCAUAUAUAAAAGAAUCGUUCCUGGCCACUCCCAAGUGAAUGGAAAUCAGAAACUUUCCUCACUUGCGUGAACUUCUAAAUAUGAUCCCAUCCCCGACAUCUGGAAACAAACAGAAAUCAUUUCAAGUCGACAAGUAGAAAUGUUUUAGCAAAACUCGCGUGGAAUCCGGUGCCGGCAGCGGUUUAGAAUGGUCUCUCAAAUGGCGUCUUUCGAUUCUACCUUGAUAAUAUCGUUCACAACAAAUUAAUGGCCAUAAAAACAUAGUUUCUUUAAUAAAAAACUGUUUAAUUUCAAAUUAUUAAAAUUAUUGGACCAAGAAAUUCUCUUUUAUUUGUUUUGUCAAACUGUCACAAAUAAAUAAGCUGCACGAAUUGCAGAACCCCUAAAACCAAAUCGUACGAAUUGUAAUUUCGGAUCCGAAUUGAAAUCGCACGAUUUCCACAACAUGCCUGUAUAUCUUCAAAAUAUAUAUUAUUACAUAUAUGAAACAUAAACGAGGAUUCUGAGCAUAAAUAUCAACACAUUCUUAGAAGAGAACACACACCAUUAAAUAUUGAAGAUUCUCAAAGGAAGCUGAGAUAUAUUUCAACUUGGAAUAUACAGGCAUGUUCUGAAAAUCGUUUUCGGGCAAUAUUUUCACAUUUUACGUUUUCAAAUCGUUUGACAUGUUCUGUAAAUCGUUCCGUUUUUUGAUUUUUCGAAUAUCACAACAUCGUUUUGUCGACCUGUUCUGCAAAUCGGAAUCGUUACAAAUUUCCGAUUUCAUAUUCGGCUAUCGUUUAGAUAGCGACUUUGAAUACAAAACAACGAUUUGCUUAAGGAAUAUUUAUUGCAAUGUACUUAUUUAUUAAAAAACAUAAAAAUAAUAAGCAUAUAUUAACAUGUUUUGGCUGAACUUGUGGAAUUUUCGCGGUCGUUGAGGGCAUUUAAGAUUAUCGAAGUUUUGGGGUAGAAAUAUAGUGUAUCGGAGGAAGAACGUCCACAGACAAGCAGGGAAACCCACUACAUGUUUCCGAAACCCAAGAAUGUGUUUAGAAAUAAAAUAAGAAUUCACUCAUAGAAUCAUCAUAUUUAUGCUGAAAAUACCUUGUAUGUUAAAAAAAGAUGUUCGUUUACAAAUCGUUUUACCGAAGCUGCAUGCGAUCAAUGCAUCCUAUCAUUCUUGGUAUUGUAAUUUUUUGCAUAAAAUGAAGGUUUGCUUUUCUGGAAUCCUCUUCAAACAUUUGCAGCUUAAUCCACUUCGGACACAAAAUAUGUUUUAAAACAUUAAUCACUUCGGAUAAAAUUUGGGAUAUCGUGCUUCUACCCAUACCAAUAUCGGUAUCAUUUCCAAUUGAACGUUGAUAUGAACUUUCACCGAAAAAUUAUUAUAGGUGUGGGCGUUUCUCUUCUUCCUCUUCUUGACUGGCGUAGACACCGCUUACGUGGUUAUAGCCGAGUCCAAAACAGCGCGCCACGCAUCUCUCCUUCUGGCAGUUUGGCGCCAAUUGGUUAUUCCAAGCGAAGCCAGGUCCCUCUCCACCUGGUCCUUCCAUCGGAGUGGAGGUCUCCCUCUUCCUCUGCUUCCACCAGCGGGUACUGCAUCGAAUACUUUCAGAGCUGGAGCACCUUCAUCCAUUCGAACAACAUGUCCUAGCCAGCGCAGCCGCUGUUUUUUUAUUCGCUGGGCUAUGUCUAUGUCGUCGAAUAACACAUACAGCUCAUCGUUCCAUCGUCUGCGGUAUUCGCCGUUGCCAAUUCUUAAGGGACCAUAAAUCUUCCGCAAAACCUUUCUCUCGAAAACUCCUAGUGCCGUCUCAUCGGAUGUUGACAUCGUCCACGCUUCAGCGCCAUACAUCAGGACGGGAAUGAUGAGAGACUUGUAGAGUUUGGUUUUUGUUCGUCGAGAGAGGACUUUACUUUUCAAUUGCCUACUUAGUCCAUAGUAGCACCUGUUGGCAAG